GCUCAGCUAUGCCCCUGGUUAAUAAUAAAUGGGCUCUCUCAGCCAGGAUCCACUGCCCUGUGCACCCCUAUGGUGCUCCCAGCCCUCCCUCCUGCUCCCAGAGCUGCCCAGGCACCGCUCCGGUACCGACCCAGCCUCCCCGCAGGAGACAGACGCCCCGAGGACCAUCUGCACAAGAUGAUUAGGAAGAUAACCUACAGCCUGGGAAGACAUGUGGCCACUGUGCCUUGUGGGACCAGGCAGGUGAGAAGAUUUCUGCAUGGUACUCAUUUCAGGAUUCAUCCCUCUGUUCAGGAAGCCUUGAUAAAGGGGAAACCAGUCGUAGCCUUGGAAAGCACCAUCAUUACACAUGGAAUGGCCUAUCCCCAGAAUCUGAGCAUGGCCAAAGAGGUGGAAGAAAUAGUAACAACAAACGGAGCAGUGCCAGCCACUGUAGGUAUUUUAAAGGGUCGAAUCCACGUGGGACUCACAGAAGAGGAAAUUGAGUUCUUGGCAAGCAGUAAAAAUGUAGUUAAAGUGUCUCGGAGAGAUCUUCCUUUUGUCCUUAGCCAGGGCUUUUCUGGUGGCACUACUGUGUCUGGAACAAUGAUUGUGGCACACAAAGCAGGAAUCCCUGUGUUUGUGACAGGUGGCAUAGGAGGUGUCCAUCGUGGAGGAGAGAACACUCUGGAUGUGAGUGCUGACUUGACAGAGCUGGGACGAACUCCGGUUGCUGUUGUAUCUGCAGGAGUCAAGUCUAUCCUUGAUAUUGGCAGGACACUGGAAUAUCUGGAGACUCAGGGAGUCUGUGUGGUUGCCUUUGGAGAGUCAAGGGAGUUCCCAGCCUUCUUCUCACGCCAGAGUGGCUUCCAGGCACCUUAUCAUGUCCGGAACGAAGAGGAGGCAGCUGAACUCAUUGCCAGCGCCCUGGGACUAGGCCUGAGCAGCGGGGUGCUGAUAGCAGUGCCUUGUCCCCAAGACCGAGCUGCCUCUGGCCAGGUCAUCGAAGAGGCCACCCAGCAAGCUCUCAGUGAAGCCAGAUCCAAAGGGGUCACAGGCAAAGAACUGACCCCUUUUAUGUUACAGAAGCUCAAUGAAUUAACUGAUGGGAAAUCACUGGACUCCAACCUUGCUCUGAUCCAGAACAAUGCCAGAGUGGGUAGUUGCAUUGCAGUGGCCCUGAGCAAACUACAGAAAGCCAGAAGGAAGGGGAACCUCCCUCGUCAAGAAGACAUAACCCCACCUCAGCCAGUGGUGAUUGGAGGUAUCAACGUUGAUUUUACAGCCAAGGCGCAGAACCCUGUCAUCCUGGGUGGUGGGCAAACAAAUGCUGGAAGAGUGAGACGGAGCUUUGGAGGCGUUGGAAGAAACCUGGCAGACUGCUUCAGCCGUCUUGGACAGACUCCUCUCUUUUUAUCAGCCAUAGGGAAGGAUGAACAUUCAGAGUCCAUCCUGCACUACUGUCACCACAUGGACAUGAGUGCCAUCCUUCAGCUGGAGGGGAAGAGCACAGCCACUUACUGUGCUGUGAUCACUAGUGCUGGGGACCUCAGCAUUGGCUUGGGAGAUAUGGACAUCCACCAGCAGAUAACAGAGUCAUAUGUGUCCCAGUUCAAGGAGAACCUGUGCCAGGCUCCACUAGUUUGCAUUGAUGGAAAUGUGCCUCUUUCCACUAUUCAGUAUGUCUGCCAACUAGCUAGAGAGCAUCAGCUAGCAGUGUGCUAUGAGCCAACAGAUGAGAACAAGGCCUCUAAGCCAUUCCUCUCAGACAGCUGGAAAGCACUCACAUACAUUUCCCCCAACGUGCAAGAGCUCAGAGCAAUAAAUCGGACCCUUGGGAACCCUCUGCCAGCAGAGCUGCCGUCCAGGUUGGAGGAUGUUGUCCAGACUGUCAUGGCCCUGGCCCGACCUUUGCUGUCCCACCUGCACUGUGUGGUGGUGACCCUUGGCACUCAUGGUGUCCUCCUUUGUGGCAAGAGCCUGGGAGGGAGCAUCUCUCUUCGUCCAGGAGCCCAUGAACAGACCUCAGCUGCCAGCCUCUGUGCUACCCACUACCCUGCCAUCCACAUCAGCAAAGAGGAGAUAAUCAAUGUCUCUGGAGCUGGUGACAGCUUAAUGGCAGGAAUCCUUGCAGGAAUGCUGGCUAAACAUGAUACAGACACCUGUGUCCGGAUGGGUCUGCUGGCUGCAAACUUGUCUCUCCGUUCCUAUGAGGCCAUUUCCCCAGAAAUCAGCAUUUCCAGUGUCAGCCAGGAGCAAGUCAAGAGCAGGAGCUGGCCAGAGGUGAAGCUCCUGUGCCAUCAAAUCCUAGAUCUCCAGGACCAUCUUUCUUCAGGUGGGCCCAGCAGCAACAUCCUCUUUUGCUGCUUACUCCUGGAUGGUAUCCCAGAGAACACACAGCCUCUGGCAAGGUGCAGCAUGUGACAGUGGCAGGUACCUGACACUCCACAACAACUUCAUUGAUCUUCCCAAGCCAGUCAGCAAGCACCAUCCUUUCUGACUCUGAAGCCCAAUGCCCUGAAGCAAGCAGUCAAAACCAUUCAAAGAGGGGUAACCAAGGGCCAGUUGGUGACCUUUAAAAGAUGUCUGUCCCUUGUUCCACAUGCCCUCCUCUGGACCUGGGGCUUCCUUCCUCCUCAGCCCAGUCAGGAGCGAAAGAGAGCAAGCUCUUCUCACCACACCUCUGUCACUUGGCAAACCACUGGGUACUUGACAGGGAAAACUUCCCACACAUGGGGAGGAGCAGUGGUGGGCAUGGAAUCCUAACAGAGCACUGCAUGCUGGCACCAAAACUGCUGCUCAGUCACACCUUCCCUUCCCCAUGGAACAAGAAGUCUCCUGGUACCAUGACAGGAUAAAGAUACUGUUUCCAGGGAGGAGGGGAAGCACAGUCCUUGUUUACAGGUGGACAUACAAGCUGUGUAAUUCAAAUUACUCUGCCAAAUUUGCAGUGAGUACAUAGCAAAGAUGGGAACAGUGCUUCCUUAACCCUGUCCAGGCUACAGCUGCAUUAUUCUCCUUCUGCCUUUAACUGCUCCAGAAUCUUACUACCGAGAAUAUCUACACUGAGAUCAAUUUCACACAA